AUGACAUCAAGCUUGAGCAAGAGGCUCUCGGCUUUUUCUGUUCAGUAUUGGAAGAAGCUUGUGGAAGGAAGGCUGGCAAGGACUGGACUGGAGUGGUGUCAGAAGAAUGGAAGCGUGAUUCUCUCUGCAUCUAUCAGAGACAAUAUGUGGAUUGGCAGCCGUUUCAUGGUCUUGGAGGAGACAUCAAAUGACAUAUUUAUCUGCGCCAUGAAUAGAGGCUUUAGUGGAAAAAAGACUGGAAAUGAUUCAGAGGGAUUUCCUUUGGGGAGUUUUGAAGAAGGAAAGGAUAUUUCAUCUAGUGUGGGUGGGAAGGGAAGUUUCAUCCGAGCCUUGGUUCUGCUUAAAAUAAAUUCUCAUGAUAAUGAGAAUAACAGAGUCUUAGGUGCCCUCAGCACUCGAGCCAUUGCACACCUUACAGGACUAAGUUUUUGUGUAUGCUUAUCAACAUGCUUUGUCAUAUUAUGCAUGCCUUGGUUACCUGCUAAGAUGGAAAUCUCACAAUCGGAGGUUGUGGAAAUUGGGUCGGUUGGAAAGGGUUUUGAUCAGGGGGUCAAAACGUUGUUUGCUCAUACAACAGGGGUAAGACAUUAUUUAUUUUUGGAGCCAUCUAAAAUGUUCCUGUGCAUUAAUGGCAUGUGGAUGCAUGUUCCUAUAUCGUAUUCUUGUCAACUGUACCUUAGUAACUGGUCACCCGUGCACUUAAGCACUACGGUGGCAGUGACAUCCUUAGAAAAGACAAUGAAUCUUGAAUGUGGAGGUGCUCGUGGCUUCCCAGGUAGAAGGGGAGUAGAAGCGCUGUUGGGAUUAUCGGCCACAAAUGAAACAUUGAGUGCCUUGCACCGUGCUCAAGAUUCACUCGAAACUGGAGGCAUUAAGAUCUCUAAUGCUAGUGCAUCGAAUCCUGGGAUACCUCCGUCAUCAUUGAUGUCAUUUCUGAGGAAGAACUCUCAGACUUCUGGGAUAGUCUUAGAAGAUUUUGAUACAGCCUUCAUCAACAAAUUCUACCACAGUCACCUUGAUGAUCUGUCUAAUAUCAACUCUUCAGCCAUAGUGGCAGCUGCUUCCCUUGUUGCCCGAACACUUUACAUUCUUGCUAGUGAUAAAAAGAAUCUUAGUGCUUCAGCUCUAAGUGCUAUCAAUGUGAAUGCCUCUUUGGUAGAUGAACUGUUGGGUUGCCUAUUAAGUUGUGAGCUGGGCUUAUCAUGUGAACUGGUGAAGGACUAUAUAUCACCCGCCAACACUUGCCCGAGCAAUUAUGUCGGUGUCAUCGUUGGGGAACCAACAUCCACACCUUAUACUGGUUAUGUGAGUGAUGUUUCAAGGUUUGUGUGGAACUUUCUGGCCGAGAAAACAUCUAUCCCAUCAAAGAAUGCUAGUUCUUCUUGCCCACAAGCUUGCAAUAACAAUGGUGAACUGUGCAUCAAAGUGGAGACAGAUGGGAAGGGGGUCUGUGUUAUCUCCUCAACCAGGUAUGUACCAGCAUAUUCCACCCGUUUGAAGUUUGAGUCUGAAACAUGGAAUUUGUUACCCCGCAAUUCCUCUGAACCAAUGGAUCUAGAAGACCCUGUCUGGACAGAGAGCAAUUGGGAAAUGAUACGGCUUCGGGUGUACACAGUUCAGGGUGCUGCUUAUGACCAUCUGAUUCUGCUGUUGGGUAUUGCUGUCACCAUCUUCGCUUACGUUUUGAUUGUGGUUACCAGAGCAUUCAUAACAAAGGCCCUAAAGCUGGAUUGA